AUGCCGUUGAAUAAGAAGCCACUAACAUAUCUGGCCGAAAGGAACUAUAAAUUCGACAUUUCUUUUUUGCAAUUUGCUUCUAAAGCGUCUGCAGCGGAACUCGGUUGUCAAGUCAUGCCUGACGACAUGCCAUGUCGUCAUGCCAUGACGUCAGGCCUGACGACAUGCCAUCAGGCAUGA